AUGAAGAACCAUCUUCCUAACAUCGAGAAGCCCUCCUUUAUGUGGCACCUGAGGUCGUUGGAAGAUAUCAAAGCGGCUUCAGGGUUUACGCUCGCCAAUUACAUGAACAUUAUCCUUCUUGUUGUCUUUGUCUACUUCGCUAUCCGGCAAGCCAGGGCGAAACAGCAAGCAGCAGAGAAGGCCGGCUAUGAGAAACGGUACAUCCGAGCCCCAGAGUUCCCUCCAAUCGAGGAACAGCAAGACUUCGACUGGAAGACGACGGAACCAAUUCCCCCUCCGCCAUUGAAAUCCAAAUACUUCUUGACAAUGGGACGAGCCGACUCUGACGACCCAGGCCUUGAGAAAUUACCGCCGUCGGAGCUGCUCUUGAUCGACAAGACAUACGAGGAGCGCAUUGCGUACCGGCGCCGCAUCAUGGCCGAGCAAGGCAAGCACAUCGUGAACGUGAAUGAUGACCUUCGCAUCCGCCCGGCCGUCGUGGAGCUCUACCAAUUUCUCCUCGGCACGUACCUCCCCCUCCGCUUCCCGACCAUGUUCAAACUGCACGAGACCGAAUACGAGCAGGGCAAGGCCUUUAUGCUGGAGAACUUUAUCACGGGCGCCUUGUUCCCUGCGAAAGUGACGGCGCAGAUGUCUACUGAACGUCUUCUCGAAACCCUCGGCCGCACCGUCGACGAAGACUUCCUCUUCCUCUUGCCUGAAGAAGACAGCGACGAUCCCAAGUACGUGCUGGAGGCGUACGUCAUAGCAUGCGCUUCCGGGUUCGACCCGGCCGAGAAGAUCGGGAAGCGUCUCGCAGACAUCCAUGGACCCGUGCCGGGCUACAGUGACAAGUUGGAGUCUAGCAUGGACCGCUUCUUCUCCAAGGUCGAGGUCGGCAAGUAUGUCAAGCGGUCGAACUGGUCAGUCACGACGGACGCCGAAUUGUUCACUCCGGGAAAAGGCUCGGUACAUGCGCACGAGGGUGACGACAUUGAAGAAGUCGACCAUGUUAACCUCGAUACCACCUUUGUCCGCUGCGAGCGUCAGACUCUGCAUCGUCUGCCCAAUUCGAAGGCACUAGUCUUCGCAUUUCACACCUAUUUAUAUCCCAUCAAACAGAUCAAGGAGGAUGGGGCCGGUGAGGAACUGGCCCUUGCCAUCGAUGGUCUCAGACUGGGCAAUGUGCCGCAGAUGCAUUUCUACAAGAGAGGUGUCGUUUGGGGCGAAGCGGUCAAGAGGUAUUUGAGGAGCUGA